AUGGCCGAUUUCUUCAACGUAAAAGCGAGGCAACAAGCCGCUGCAAAGGCCAGCUCAUCAAAAGCGCCUACGACGAAGCAAGAGCCCAAUCGCAUGCAGCCAUGGGUAGAGAAAUACCGCCCCAAAACCCUCUCCGAAGUAACAGCCCAAGACAACACCAUCCAAAUCCUCUCCCGCACCAUGCAAUCCUCCAACCUCCCACACAUGCUCUUCUACGGCCCGCCAGGCACAGGAAAAACGUCCACAAUCCUCGCCCUCGCCAAAGAACUCUACGGCCCCGAACUCAUGAAGUCACGCGUCCUCGAACUGAACGCCUCAGACGAACGCGGCAUCAGCAUCGUGCGUCAAAAAGUCAAGGACUUUGCGCGCCAGCAACUCAGCGUAGCGCCCACCUACAACGUCAUGACGGAAGACGCGAGCAGCGGCGACACAAAACAAGUGCGGUACAGAGAUAAAUACCCGUGUCCGCCGUUCAAAAUCAUUGUGCUGGAUGAGGCAGAUAGUAUGACGCAGGAUGCGCAGAGUGCGCUGCGUAGGACUAUGGAAACGUACAGUCGCAUGACGAGAUUCUGUCUCGUGUGUAACUACGUUACUCGUAUUAUCGAUCCGCUUGCGAGUAGGUGUUCGAAGUUCAGGUUCAAGAGUCUGGAUCAGGGGAAUGCGGUUAAGCGUGUGGGCGAUAUCGCGAGGCUGGAGAAUGUGCAGUUGGAAGAAGGGGUGGCAGAGGAGUUGGUCCGCGUCGCGGAUGGUGAUCUGAGAAAGGCGAUUACGUUCUUGCAAUCUGCGGCUAGGCUUGUUGGAGCUGUCGUCCAAGCUCAGGGUGCGGGAGGCAAAAAGAAGAAGAAGGUUGUUGCUGAGGACGAUGAGAUGGAUAUUGAUUCCGCGGCAACGCCGACUCAGACACCCGCUGUCUCCCUCCCUAUCAUCGCGGAGAUCGCGGGUGUGCUGCCUCCAGCUACACUGUCUUCCUUCAGCGACUCGCUCUUCCCAAAGUCAUCGGCUACCAAGUCGAUACGCUACAACGAGAUUGCCAAGGUAGUGGAGAACAUGAUUGCAGAGGGGUGGAGCGCGUCGCAGACUGUGGGUCAGUUGUACGAACAGAUCAUGUAUGAUGAGAGGGUUGAGGAUGUCAAGAAGGUUAGGCUUGCGGGUGUGUUUAGUGAGACGGAUAAGAGGCUUGUGGAUGGUGGGGAUGAACAUCUUGCUGUGUUGGACUUGGGGGUCAGGGUUGCGGGUGUGCUUUGUCUCUGA